GGGGGGAAAUGAUAAUAAUUGUUGUAACUAUGUAGUGCUAUCAUAUCAUUAUUGAGAAGUCUUGUUUAAGGGGGCCUUGGAAUGAGGCAGGGCAGAAAUGGAAAAGAGGCUAUUUAAAGUUGGGGCAGGGCCCCUAGGGGAGGGAGGUUCUUCAGUCCAGUGUUGGUGCCUUUUAUCCACUGGAAAACUGUCCCUAAAUAUGGUGGGUGCGUUUCUUUUGGUUAGUGUAUUGAUCAUCUUACCCUCUAAGACUUUUUAGGUUGUUUGGAGAUUGUAGGGAUGUUGGGGAAGUUUGAGAAGAAAUGUUAUAUUUAGAGUGAUUCUUGAACUAGUAAAAAUAGUCAAGAUUUGAGGAGGAAGAGACAUGCCACUAGAAAAAAAGGAGUGGUAGGAGAGAAGUCAGCUUCCUGAUGUACUGGGAUGGGGACAUUUCAUUACCCCCCAGUGUAAAAACAUUUUUAUAUUUUUCUAUUAUUACCACUAAAACUAUUUUUUAACUUACCAACAUACUUUAUAAAUCCUAUUCCAGAAGUGGGGUUUUCCUGGCUUAAAAGGUUGUCAUUCAGGAGCUGGGUUUUGUUUUGAAAUUGUUAUGGCUUUUGAACUAAGUGGGAAUAAAGGGGUGUGGGAUUCUGUUGUCUUGGUCCCUUUCCCAAUAAUUGAUGUAUCAGAUAUUUGCAAGAUGUGAGUCUUCAUCUCCUGUAGAUAUUUUCUUUCUAAAUUAGUGAGUCUUAACCUUAUCUAAACAAGAAUGCCCAGGGAGGUUUUUAAAACUCAAGGCAGGCUGCAGCCCAGGCCAGUUAAAUCAGGACAUUUGCGAUGGAAGCCAGGCAGAAUUCUGUAAAUACCCAGGUGAUUCCAACCUGCCGCCAGGGUUGAGAACAUCUGUCCCAAACUCUUCUAUAAUGACAUCAGCUUAAAAAUGAACUCACCUGAAACUCUUCCUCAAAUGUUUGAAAAGCAGGAUAUUAAGCCACUAGUUGGCUGCUUAGAGCAUUUGCAAGUCCCAGCAGUUUCCCUGGCUGCCCCUGGAGUUUCCCCAAUGCCCUCUUUCCAUACCCUCAAUGUAGGAGGUCCAUGAUCUGUGGGCUUAGGGCAGGAACCAUAGUCACCAGCCUGACCAGAUGGACAGCCUGGAAAAAAAGCGAGAGGCUCCACCUACAGGAUGUGAGGGCCCAAGCUGGGGUCCUUCAGUCUGUCAGCCCUUGAGGAGCUCUUUAGAAAGUCAGAAAAGCAAAGCAGGCUUGUCCAUAAUGCUUUGGAGGAGGGGGGAAUGGCAGGCAUGUUUUCUUUUUUCUUUCUUUUCCUUCACACUUAAAACAGACACUGACUUUUAAGGGUCCUCUGUGACAAAGGUGAGAGGAAAAAAUCGUUUGAGCCGUGAAAGGCAUUUUUAAAAUGCAGUCCAAGAGGAAUCAAUCAGCACAGAUGGGUUCCCAGAGACUCUGUCCACGUGGUUUUCAAGCUGGUAGCCAGAAUUCUGUCAUAGGGUUCUGUGGCCUUCCUUGGGGGACCUUUUUAAAGGUUUACCAGUGUAGCCCAGAUCCGUCGGGUUCCAGACCUCAGGCUAUUCUAAAAGCAGGGGAAGUUGUAACUAGAAGGUGACCUGAGAUUGCACAGCUGGUUACCGGCCCAGCCUAAUUUGUAAGCAAUGUCUGUGUUUUUAUUAAUUAUAGCUAUCAAUUUGAGUUCUUAACUCUACUCAAGGCACUGUGAAACCUGCCUUAUUAUCUCAUAAUUCUAACAGCCCUGUGACUAGCCUUAUACUGAUAUUCUCAUUUUUACAGAUGAAGCCCAGAGAAGUUACUUGCCCAGAGUCACACAACCAGAAUCAAGCCUAGGACAUUUAGACCAGGAGCUCUAACAACUAUGUUUUAUAUGUGCUUUUUACUUAGUGACAUAACUUGGGGUGGCGGAGGAGCGCGAUGUGGUUAAGAUCUUGUGUUCUGGGGUUCUUUAUGAGGAACAGCCCCAUUAGGGCACAUUCAGGCAGCAAAGCCCCUCGUUCAGCGUCUCUCCUAGACGUGGGAAUCAGGAUGGCUUAAGCGUGGCGCUCCUGCAGCCGGCAGAGGCCGCCAUCGCGCUUAGCUGCCAAGUCCGCGGCCCCUGCGCGGGGAACGAGCGCCAGCAGUCCAGUAAACUUCCCCGUUACUCUCCCGCGCCCCGAGGCCUCGUACCCCCCGCGGUGCGAGCAUGCGCAGUGCGUCCCUGCUCGCCCCGCCCCCGCGCUCGCGUUCCCGCCCGCGGUUUGUCGGCGCCGCCCCGCGGCCGUGACUUCCGGGCUUCUCCUGGGCCGCAGGGGGCGCCGCCGUCGCACAGCGGCCGGGGCGGGGCGGACCGGCGCGCGGUGGCGGUGGUGGUGGUGGUAGCGGCGGCUUGAGCGCAGCAGCCGCCCUCGCCAUGGCGGGGAGCAGCUCGCUGGAGGCGGUGCGGAGGAAGAUCCGGAGCCUGCAGGAGCAGGCAGACGCCGCGGAGGAGCGUGCGGGCAGCCUGCAGCGCGAGCUGGACCAAGAGCGGAAGCUCAGGGAGACCGCUGAAGCUGACGUAGCUUCUCUGAACAGACGCAUCCAGCUGGUAGAGGAGGAGUUGGAUCGUGCUCAGGAGCGUCUGGCAACAGCUUUGCAGAAGCUGGAGGAGGCCGAGAAGGCAGCCGAUGAGAGUGAGAGAGGCAUGAAAGUCAUUGAAAGUCGAGCCCAAAAGGAUGAAGAAAAAAUGGAAAUUCAGGAGAUCCAACUGAAAGAGGCAAAACACAUUGCUGAAGAUGCCGACCGAAAGUAUGAAGAGGUGGCCCGCAAGUUGGUCAUCAUUGAGAGUGACCUGGAACGUGCAGAGGAGCGGGCUGAGCUCUCAGAAGGCAAAUGUGCCGAGCUUGAAGAAGAAUUGAAAACUGUGACGAACAACUUGAAGUCACUGGAGGCUCAGGCUGAGAAGUACUCACAGAAGGAAGACAAAUAUGAGGAAGAGAUCAAGGUCCUUUCUGACAAGCUGAAGGAGGCUGAGACUCGGGCUGAAUUUGCGGAGAGGUCAGUGACUAAAUUGGAGAAAAGCAUUGAUGACUUAGAAGAGAAAGUGGCUCAUGCCAAAGAAGAAAACCUUAGUAUGCAUCAGAUGCUGGAUCAGACUUUACUGGAGUUAAACAACAUGUGAAAACCUCCUUAGCUGCGGCCACAGUCUUUCACUUUGUUUUUGAUGUUUUGUUUUGUUUUGUUUUUAACACCUGCUUUCCAUGAAACCUCUUAAAUGCAUUUUUAUUUACUUUUACCACUGUCACAGAAACAUCCACAAAGAAACAGCUAAGGCAGGGGAUGGGGAAACACAAACAAAGGCGAGCCCAUGGCAGGGUGACAAGUUUUAAAUGUGCCAUUUCCUAGGUUGAUAUUGCCACACUUUGUAGACUUUAACCACACAUUUUGCUUAGUCAGUGUAGGAAUCCUCACCAAAGCCAAAAGAGAUCCACUCAAAGUGCCAAGCAUAGGGUCACCAGGAAGGCCAUGUUGGAGACAAUCAGGUGUGGAUUGGUGCUACUUUAAGCAAAAGGUCCCCUGUGGUCUUUUGUUCAAUAUUGUACAAUUUAGAAUUCUGUCCAACACUAAUUUAUUUUGUCUUAAACAGUUUAACUACAAGAUGAGACUACAGAUCCCAUGUGCAUGUAUUCAUAAAGCCAAGGGUGUGAAAGCCAAGCUGCUCCUUUAAAAUGUCCUUUCUGAUCGGCUCACUUGCAGCCCAUUACAGCUCUGUAGGAUAGCACUCGAUGUGGAUUUCAACUCUUCCCAGUUCUCUAUGAAAGUGAAAGAUUUAGGCACUACACGCAGUUGGUAAAGACAAACCAUUUUCUUCAGAGUUAAAACUAUAUGUAAACAUUGUAUAAUGAUAUGAUAUGAAAUAAAAUGCACAUUGUAGGACAUUUUCUAAA